CUCAAUAUAGAAGAUUUAAUAAUAUUUUCAAGCAAUCAUCAAAGCUUUGAUGCAUCUUCAGAAGGAUGGCAGUCCCAACAGACCUGGUAGCCAGAGGAUGCUCGGCGCACCUAGCUCAACCUGUUGGGGAAGAAGGAUUGAUGGAAGCAGAGGAGUUGGUACAGGCUAUGCACCAAUAUAACGGACCGGGAGUGGUGUUUAGGACCAGCUACAAUGAAGAGGACGUACACGGACACGUGUUCCGGUGGAGCUCACUGGAACCCGAGCAGGUGUUCAUAAAUGGGUUCCAAGCUGACGCGCAAGGUGACACCCCGGACAGCACCUACUAUAACCUUCACGACUACGUCUACAAUGCUGGCUCACCAAUGAACCCGCAUCGAAACAACUACAUUUUUGUUAGCACCACCCUUAAUAGCGGGUAUGUUCCUCAGACCAGCAGUUACAGGGACCGGGAAGUCUGGCGUUACGAGAUCUAUGCUCCUGGUGGCAUUUGGGUUGCUCUGACUCUUGCUAAUUACCGAUACCAGGCCCAGGAUGAGGUCGCCUUUGUUCGGGGUAUCAACCGUCAAUACAUUCGCUCUGCCCAGCGUUUCAGGCUUGUUGAGUCCGGCGGGGGGCAUUUGAGACGGGAGAGGGUGGACCAGGUGUUAGUCAUGAACCCGUAUAUCGAUCCAGCUUCUCAUCCAGAAAGAAGGCUCAUUACCAUUCAUAACGCGGUGGAUUACUGCAUGAUAAACAACAGGAGAGUACCGUUGAAUAUCACUUAUACUGAUCCGCAACCCCUGCGGAAGAAACGGGACGUCAGUACCCCAGAUGAUGGCACUUUUACUAGUCCAAGUGGGACUGCCAUAUGGUACGGCGAGAAGGUGACCAACACUGAUAGCAACAUAAAUGCAGGCUUCCGCUCGUAUUACACUAAUGAAGCCUACUUGUUCAUGAGGAACGAAUAUAUAUUGAUAGAUUAUGCUCCCGGCGGGACAAAUGACAAGAUAUUGAACGGGCCCCUUCUUAUUCGCGACGGUUUCCCUUCCCUAGCCAAGACGGCCUUUGCAGAACACGGCAUCGACUGUUCUUUCGGGUCUUAUGACUCUAAAGAAGCUUAUAUAUUCACAGGCAACCUCUGCGCCCGCAUCAAUUUCGCUCCCCGCAGCACGGAUGACCGUAUCAUCGAAGGACCCGUGACCAUAGCUGAGAUGUUCCCUUUCUUCAAAGGGACCGGGUUUGAGAAUGGUGUUGAUGCUGCCUUUGAGUAUUCAGCCGACUAUGAAGCUUACAUUUUUAAGGGGGAUCGAUACGCUCUCAUCAACUACAAGCAACCAAGGCUCAUUGGCGGACCUAAGAAGAUCACCGACGGCUUUCAUAGCUUGAGGGGCACCAUCUUUGAGAGCGGAAUUGAGGCGGCCUUUGCUUCCCACACCAAAAACGAGGCCUAUCUUUUCAAAGGAGACCAAUACGCGCUCAUCAAUUUUGCCCCUGGCGGCACUGAUGACUAUAUCAUUACUGGUCCUAAGAAGAUCACUCCCAGUUGGCCCUCUUUGGCCACCGUCCUGCCCCACAAAAACCACGGUCUGGAUUGAGCAUGGGCACGCACUCUAGGCAUGCAUGCUGCUCUCCGGUAAGGCGGUCUACGUGCCGGGCAUGCAACACCGGCUAAGCUAUCUAUCAUCUAUCUAUUGUGUGCUUUUACUUUUGUGUGAUGAUUUCCAAUAAAGGAGGUGGCAGGCAAGACGGCAGCAGGAUACUACUACUUGCUCUUGUGAUAUACUGUGUCCUAGCCGAUUUUGCUACAUCCCACCCAGCUUGUUGUCCUUGUAUUUCUUUCCUGUAUGGCUUUUUCAUCGCGUUCAUUAAUAAUGAGCCACCAGUUAUAUAUGUUGUAAGUUGCUGAUGUACUCCAUCCAUCCAUUCCACAGUAUCCGUCGCUUGAGGUUUA